AUGGCGAGCGGAUAUCAUCAGCAAGAGAUAACCCCCGGUGGCUGCAGCCACGCGGUCUUGCUCCACCUCCACUACCAUAGCCCCGCACCAUCCAAAGUACAACAGUCAUAUCAACAUCGAGGUCGUCUACGCACACAACUCGUCACUGCACGAGACGAUCUUCUUUCCAUUUACGACGUCUACGAACGACCCUCUGCCAGUGCGAACCCCAGCAAUGGCCACUCCUCCCCAGAUUCCACAUCACACAGACUGGUCCUCAUCCGCAAGCACUCCCUCUUCGGUACAGUCACCGGCCUACAACGCAUUCAAACUCUCUCCACCAGUAAAGACUCUCGUGAUCGUCUCCUCGUUUCCUUCACCGACGCUAAACUCGCCCUGCUGGAAUGGAACCAUACCACCGACGACCUCGAAACUGUCUCAAUCCACACCUACGAACGUGCUCCCCAACUCCUCAACGGUAUCCCACACCUUUUCCAACCCAAUCUCAACAUCGACCCUCUCUCGCGAUGUGCUGCCUUGUUGCUCCCGCACGAUGCGCUGGCCAUAUUGCCCUUCUACCGCGAUGCGGCAGAGUUCGAGUUCGAUCAUGGUCUCCAUCUCGAUCUCAAUCUCGACUUUGCAGGCGAGGAUAAAGCAGCGAUGCAAGCAGCGGUGCAGAUCGAGUCUUUGCCGUACUCCCCUUCCUUCGUACUGACAAUGCGGGAGGUCGAUCCGAAGAUUAGAAAUCUCAAAGACUUUUGCUUUUUGCCCGGAUUCCAGAAACCAACGGUAGCCCUACUCUUCGCUCAUUCGCCGACUUGCACUGGCUUGUUGGCCGAACGGAAGGAUAACUUUUCCGUCUAUUUGUUCACCUUGGAUCUAGCAGCGAGUUUGGAUGGCGCCAUGCUAGGCUCGGCAUCCUAUUCAUUUGACGAUGCCACAUUGCGAUCCAUGCAUCCUGUCCUCACGACUAGUUCCUCGCUGCCGUAUGACUGCUUGUACAUGCUACCCUGUCCUCAAACACUAGGUGGAGUAUUGGUCGUGUGUAUGUCCUCCAUCUUGCACGUCGAUCAGAGUGGAAGGGUGGUAGCUACCGCGCUUAAUGGUUGGUUUAACUUGGUUUCCGCUAUCCAGCCUGAAUCCUUGCUGGAUUUGCCAGAGAUCGCUGAUUUGCAAGGCUCGCAGUUGGUAUUUACCGCAGAGACGGAGGGUGUGUUGACACUCGUCCAUGGAGAUGUCUAUACGUUUACCUGCCAGAUGGACGGUCGAAACAUUCAAGGUUUCCGAUUGGAGCGGAUGCAACAGUCUUUCGCCCGAACAGAAGAGUUGGUGCCUGCGACUGGUUCACCUGUCUCGUGUCUCGCUUUCUCACCUCAUGAUUCGCAACUUUCGAAUGGUGCAGGCUAUCUGUUCGCAGCAUCAAUGGCGGGCGAUUCGACCCUAUACAACCUCGUACCCGUUAACAAGCCCCUUUCCGACCAAGAAGCCGCUGCACAAGCCUCAAAACCUGAACCCGCGGCAAACGAUAUGGAUCUUGACCUGGAUGACGAUCUCUACGGCAGCUCCGACGCUGUCAAUAGCGCUAAUGUACAGAUGAGGGGUGGCAACAAGGACAAGACAGUUCUCACCCUUCGAAAGGUCGACGAGAUUCGCUCCCAUGGUGGACUGCACAGUAUAGCAAGAAGAAAGCUGACAGCGGAUGAAUCGAGCCGUGGGAAGCGAUACGGGUUGGUCGGUGCUUGUGGAUCCGGUAAUCAGGCUGGCAUUGUUUAUUUGGAUCCGAGAUACACUCCACAAGACCGCACUAAGUUAGUUGCCGAGGGCGGGGAGGAGAGGCAGCAGAGCUUUUCGAAUGUCUUUGUUGUCCAAAAGAUUGCAGAGGGCGUGAGAAUGAUUGCGACCAAUUAUGAACGGGACUCGUCGAUUGCGUUUACCGCUCCAGCGGAUGUUUAUGCUCCGACUUCGAGGCAAGGGCAAGCUACCUGGUCGAAUGUAGUAGAGUUCGGAGGUGCGACGCUGUGCGCAGGGGCUUUGCUAGGUGGGAACCAAGUAGCACGUAUCACUGCGAACAGUGUUCAGGUGCUGUCUGCUGAUUCGCUCCAGCUUCUCGACGAGGUCGCAGUCGAUGCGAUCCAACACGCGAGCAUCGACGCAGAACAGUACCUAGUCCUCCACACCACUAGCGGCGAAACGCUGGUCUACAACUACCAUCUCACACAGCGCAAGUUCGAACCUCUCACCCUACCCCUUGCGCUCAACAGCGCUUCUCUGCUCUCCGCCAACGUCUUUAGAGACAGCUACGGUCACAUGCAGAGCGCUCUACAACCGAACUUUGCAUCUACAUUCGCCGGCACCGUAGUGUCUGCAAACCAUAAAGAGCCUACGUCCAAAGCCACCUCCGCAUCACGCCCAGACUCUUCACUCCCGAACGACGACGAAGAAGUAGACUACGACGAAGAUGUAGACUACGACGAAGAUCUUCCAGACCCAGCCACCGCCACAGCCCCAACUGCCAGCUACGUAACAGUAGCAUCCGCCCCAGCAUACCUCUUCAUUCUGACGCACGACUCCAUCAUGCGGAUCUUUGCUCUCCCAAACCUUACCCUCGUAUGGCAAAACACCUCCCUUUCCGCCCAACCGCAGCGAUUACGGUUGGAAAGAACCCCCCACACCGAGCUCGCCCGGGAACAAGUUGCCGAGCUUACCUCUGCGAGGUUGUGUCACGUGGGAGAUACGUUGAGUGUCGUUUCGCUUACGAGUGAUGAUUUUUUGACGGUUUAUAAGGGUGCUUGGGGUGCCGAGGGAGGUUUGAUGUUUAAUAAGGUACUGGUGGAGGUGCUGAAUGCACCUGUGGGUGGUGUUUGGGGUGGGAUGGUUCAGUUGAGGCCUUGCUAUGUUCCAAUCAGAGAGGCGGAGGAAGGGGUGGGGGAGAAUGCGAUAGUGGUAUUGGGAGGGGGCAGGGAGGUUCAAGCGAGUAUAUUGUGUUGGACUGAAGCUGGGGGAUAUAGACUACUCGAUUGGGAUGAUGGGGAUCUCACAUCUCUCUUCCCCAUCCGUACUUCCGAAGGGAAAUGGAGUGGUGAGUAUGCAUACUGCACUCGAUCAGGCUCUCUUUAUCUUGGACGACAUCCCCGCGGCCUAUAUAGCAGUACUUCCUGGAUCUCGAGCGUAGUACGAACAGGUCGACAAUACACACACAUCACAACUCAUCCUGCAACCUCCACAGUGAUCGCUUCCUCGGUCAACCCCCACCCUUUUAUCCUAUUCGAUGAUGAAGGAGAAGCAAUCCCUUCCGCCUCCUCGGUCAUCUCAAACCUCACCAACUCGCAUCCCACCUUUAACAACCGCGGCUCUAUCGAACUGUUUAUCGCCGAAGACGCCUGCACCGCCAUCGAUGGUUACGAAUUCGAUCAAUCCGAAACGGUAACCUCGCUCACGACCGUUACUCUCGAUUCGCCCUCCUCCGCCACUGGUCGCAAACAGUUCAUUGCUGUAGGAACGACUACUUACCAUGGAGAAGAUCGCACUUGCAAAGGAUCAGUCUACUUGUUCGAGAUCAUCCAAGUUGUUUCCUCUCGGCGUUUUCAAGUUGGUAGAGAUCUUCGACUCAAACUGAUCUGUCGAGAUGGAUCGAAUGCUCCAGUGACAGCAUUGGCUGAGUUGCAUGGAUUUCUACUAAGCACCAGUGGGCAAAAGUUGUAUGUGAGGGCAUUGGAGAAGGAAGAGUGGUUGAUUUCGGUGGCGUUUUUGGAUUGUCCUUUCUACAUCACAAGUAUAAGGGUGGUGAAGAACUUUGUCCUCUUGUCUGAUGCAAAGAAGGGUUUGUGGUUUUUGGCUUUCCAGGAAGAUCCGUAUCGUUUUGUCGAUCUUGGCAGUGCAUUGGAUGGACAUUGUGCAAAUUUGGGUGAGUUUUUGGUAUAUAAUGAUAAGCUUUCCCUUGUUUCCACUAGUGGUGUUGCAUUGGGAGGCUUUAGUGGCUUUGGCCAAGAUUCCGGGGUGAUUAGGUUGUACGAGUAUAAUCCUUCUUCUCCUACAUCGUUGGGAGGGCAAAGGUUAUUGUUAAGGACAGAGUAUUCUACUCCUUCUUCUACUACUUGCUCUCUUUCUGCACCAGGUAGAUGGUUGAGUGAUUCCGAGUUGAGAGGAAGAGAACAACUCAGGAAUAAACUCUUACUUUCCAAGUCGAAUGGUUCAUUGGACAGUCUAGCAAGCGUAGAAGAAAAAGUUGCCAAGAGGUUGCAUCUUUUACAAGGUCAGUUGGUAAGGAGUGUUUUACACACCGCUGCACUCAAUCCAAGAGCUUUUCGACAGGUCAGGAACGACUUUGUUUCCCGUCCACUCUACAAAGGUGUUUUGGACGCAAGAUUACUAGAUGCCUUUAAAGGGUUAAGUAGACCCAAGAUGGGAGAGGCGGUUAGGACGUUAGCAGGUUUGUUUGAUGCAUUGGAUGUCGUCAAGUCCGACCAAGCUAAGCGGAAGAGAGGAGAAGAUUUAGGCAACAAGGUCCGCCUGAAGACACAAGAUGGGGAUGAAGAGACUGCGCAAGAAGCGCAAGAGAAUACUGAGGAGACUGAGCAGCAGGAGGCUGAGCAGCAGGAGAAAGAGGAAGAGGAGGAGCAGGAAGAUUUCGAGAAGCAAGAACAGCUGCGGUUGCAAUCGGAGCACAAGAGAGUGCAGUUGGUAUUGAAGGAUUUGCUUAGAUUGCGAGUUGGCUUUGAGCAGGUAUAG